GCUUAAAUGAGUGAGUGGCAGGGGGCCGUCAGGAGGAGGAGGAGGAGGAGGAGUGACAGAAUGAUAAAGUGAAUUAAUUCAGCCUUAGCCAGCCCUGAUUGACUCAGUACCAAACUGGCAUGUACAAACACUAACAGUGACACCACAGCCAUGGAGAGAGAGAAGAGGAAUGACAUGUCCUUCUCUAGAAAGAGAAGUUUCACUUUUGGGGCAUAUGGCGGUGUGGACAGAUUCACGUGUGGGGAUGAGAGGAGACCUGAAAAGGACAAAAUACUGGAUAUUCUGGACUCUCCGACCAGUGACAGCAAGCCUUUCCUUUCAUCCAGCAGCAGCCAGAGGGACACAGAGCUGUUUGAAAUCAUAGAGAAGCUGCAGGGCAGCAGGAUCGAUGAGCAGCGCUGUCAAUUCCCACUACCUUUGAAGUCUCAGCUUUUGACUGUAGGUGCAGAACUGCCACUCAUCCUUUCCUCUAAUCUGGGAGGAUACUGGAUUGACCCCCCUCUCGAGAGGCUUGUAGAUGCGAGUCCCACCUCUUCCCAACAUGGCUUUGAUCCAGAGAGCUACGACAUCAUGGAGAGAGAUAGGGAGGCCAAAAUCUACCACCAGUUUUUCCGCUCACGAUACCACCACUCUUUCACAGCAGUGGAUCCAUCUCUGGGGCCACUCGUUCUCUCUGUGUGUUUGGAGGAAGAAGAGAAUAAGCUACGGGUGAUCCUGAGGAUGAAGGAGUGCUCCAUGCAUGGAGUUUUCUCAGUGUCACUUUUCCCUAACAUCCCCUCUGCUGUUGAACUAGCAAAGAUGCUCUGUGACAAAGUGACCGUCUUAAAGUUUGACGUGGUCAGCUACCUAAAGGCUCCUGGACUCAUAACUGCAUUUGAUGAACACAGGGUGUCUCCUAAUUUCAAGUUUGGUGUAUUAUACCAAAAGGACGGGCAGUUCACUGAGGAGGACAUACUGAGUAACAAUGAGGAAAGUGAGGAGUUUAAGGAGUUCCUGGCAAUUCUUGGAGACACUGUUCAGCUGCAGGGAUUCACGGGCUUCAGAGGGGGACUAGACGUGUGUCAUGGCCAAACGGGAAGUGAAGCAGUUUUCACUUCCUUUCAUGGGAGAGAAAUCAUGUUCCAUGUCGCAACUAAAUUGCCUUACACAGAGGGUGACCCACAGCAGUUACAACGAAAAAGACACAUUGGUAAUGACAUUGUAGCCUUAGUCUACCAGGAGGGCCACACCCCUUUUCUGUGUGACGUCAUCAAGUCUCACUUCCUGCACUGCUUUGUGGUGGUGCGCAGGGUUAAGAGGGAGGAAGAGCCAGCUGGAGCUGCCUACCAAGUGUCUGUCACGGCCAGAGAGGAUGUUCCUCCAUUUGGUCCAGUCAUCCCAAAUCCUCCCAUCUUCACAGACCUCUCACAGCUGAGAGACUUUCUUCUGGUCAAGCUUAUCAAUGCAGAGGUUUCCUGCUAUAAGGCCGAACAGUUCAGCAGACUGGAGCUGCGAACCCGGUCGUCGCUCCUCGAGAGCUUGCAGACUGAACUCUUUACCUGUUCCCAAUGCAUGAUGGGAGAUCCAUCACCAGCCAUUGUCCCCAGCUCUGAGGGGGCCCGAGGCACGUCUGAAGGAAGUGGGGGUUUUAUAGAAAAUUUUAAGAGAGCCAUCAGAGUGCGGAGCCAUUCAUUCGAGACUCUGGGAGUACCCAGGAAGAGUGCUGGCAACACGUCACAGAAGCCCAAGAUGGAAAAAGAUGGAGAAAGUGACAAAUCUUUUGGACCUGUAGCUGACAGUUUUGGGGCAGCUGAGCUCAGAGAUCAAGCAAGUCCUCAAGAAGACACAUAAAGGAAAAUGUAGAUUUCAGAUGUACAGACAGCUUUACUCAUCUUUAAAGUUAUAUCUGUACUAUUCCAGUAGAUAACAUGUGUAAAUAGAAUCUAAAAGUAAAUAGUUUUUAAGAAAAUAAAAAUAAAAUAAUUUUUUAAUAAUAGUAUUAAAUGUAAAUUGUAUUUGCAACGUUUGACUGAAAACUGACAAGAAAAGAGUGUUUUGCUGCUUUACUCUCAGUUUUACUUCUAUGAUUGAAAUAGAUGAAGACAAAGUGGACAAGUAAAUACAAUUUACUUUAGCUACUUGAGUAGAAAAGGAAAGAUGUUGAUCGUUUUAGACAUGGGUUCAAUAAUAGCAAUAAAAACGUUUG